ACCAGCUCGCAGUACCGAUCGUACGUUGAAAGUGGCCACACGCGUGUGCCCCCGGCGCCGAAACUAAGAAGAAAGAAAAAAAACGCAGUCGCGAAUCUCUCCUUCUCGGGGAGACCUUGGCCAACUCACGUCCGGGCUUGGAAGCCACGCGACCUUCAACACCUUCUUCAAUUCACGCGCGCGCGCACACACCGUUAGCGGAUCUCGGAAGCAACUCCGCGCCGCCGUGACGUCCUUCAGUGUGCCAUCCGUCGCCAUAUAGACUCUGCCAUAGGAUAUUGAAUUCACGGUUGACAUCAAUCGAAGAAUACAGUGGAUUAUCUUACCACAAACUCGAGGAGAUACUUGGCUUGAAAGUGCACUCUGCUGUUUGUUAUUCGUUGACGCUGUUGUUCAGAACUGUGUUGAGUGAUUUUUGUUUUGUGCUGUUUUGUUAUUAUUUUGUUAAAAACUCAGUGAUCAAGUGAAGACUAACACCAUGUACAUGUACGAUCCACCAAAGAAGAAUAACUUCACGUCUGUGGAAGAAUUCCAGGAGGCGUUCAACCUGUUCGACAACCGCGGCGACGGCAAGAUCCAGCAGCAGCAGAUCGGCGAGUGUCUGCGCGCCCUCGGCCAGAACCCGACUGAGUCGGACGUGAAGAAGUUUACGAUGCAGCUGAAGCCGGACGAGCGCGUCUCGUUCGAGGUGUUCCUGCCGAUCUACCAGGCCAUCUCGAAGCAGCGCACGGCCGACACGGCGGACGACUUUAUCGAGGGGUUGCGCCACUUUGACAAGGACGCCAGCGGGUUCAUCUCGUCGGCCGAGCUGCGGCACCUGCUGACCACGCUCGGCGAGAAGCUGGCCGACGAUGAGGUUGAGCAGCUGCUCCAGAACCAGGAGGAUUCGCAGGGCAACGUCAACUACGAGGAGUUUGUCCGAAUGGUCAUGAGCGGUUAGAACCGGGGAGAACGAAGAUUCCACCAUGUUUUUACUACACGAUACUGUCUUUAAACAUUUCCACUUGAGACACAAAACAAAACUUGAGAAACAGAACAAAAUCGAAUUCGAGAACAUGUGCCCAACUUUUAUGUGGAAUCUUUCCCAGCAACAAAGAUACAAAACUCGUAUUUCAUUGUGGAAAACUAUCGUUUAGCUUCUUCUUUAUCCAGGAAAAACAACCAUAAAGUGUAGACAAUAUACAAGUGUUACUUAACGAUUUCUUUUGCACUUUACCAUUAGCAUCAGCAAACAACCGUAGAACUGGAAGCUUCUUACAGCAAAAAAGCAAAAAUAUACAAAUUCCUUACCUUUAGUAUUACUCGCAUUUGCAGCAUUCUAAUGCAUUCUUUUCCUUUCGAUCGAUUCGUAGUGCACUAUCGGACGCAUUUCUUCAAACAUUAUUCGUUAAAACGUGACAAAAAAAUAAAGUCAAAACACUUCUUUUAUCUAUAUAAAAUUAUUAUUAUAUUUUAAAUGAGUAAUAAAAGCCUAAUUUAUACACUAA